GGAGCACAUAGGGUUAAGAACCGCAAGUAAAGGCGGCGCAUCUGGAAGUUUCUUUUAGAUGGCGCGCGAUCAUUAGUGAUAAGCCUUCGCGGACUAAAUGAAGUCUGCCCUGUGUGUUCCACUUGACAACCCUGCCCAAAGCUAUGGAAGGAGAACCUACUUAUUCUUCGUCGGCUCGACCAAAUCAGCUCUCGAGCAUUACGGUGCACAGUAUAAAACUGGGAAGGCGAAGGCUGACCUUGAAAAGAUGAUGGGAGUGGAAAUGCCCUCAGAAAUCGACUUCAGUGCGUAUAAAGCCUCGAAAAGAGGCGAGCCGAUCGCAGAGACCAAGUCAAACAAGUCAGCUAGUGACCACGAUACAUUGGCGAAGGACAAUCCACAAGACUCAUUCGAAGAGGUGAACCUUGAGAACGGAAAUACGGUUGAUGAUGCUACGAAGCUACUCAACGAGCGGACGAAAGGUCGCAAGUAUGGUUGGUCUCCUCGCGUUACACCGUGCUGCGUCCGUCUACCAGGUAGAUGGAGUCAGCAAUGGAGUAUCCUGCCUGCUUAUUGUGAAGAUUCGGUCCAGAUGUCUACAGACGUGGACCGAGAAGACAAGGAUGAAGUGUUGUCCUCCAAAGCCAAACCAGCGGCUAGUGAUCCGGCCGUCAGUAUCCAUCAGACGAAAGGAGCGUUACAUGGUUUCACCGUCAGGCACAUCUGCAGGCGUGACAUGCUACGACGGAAAUCGGAACAGCUGAAAGGCAUGCCCGUUUUGGAAGUGAGAACUCCUACCAUGAAGAAGAUUGUUCUCCCGUUCAAACAGCGUCUGAAGCCAGGAAACGGCAACUUCUGCACGAUCAUCCAUGCCAUCCCCCGAAUGAUUGCCCGGAUCAACAAGUCUGCACAUGUCGCGCUUAACGCCACGUCUGCUGCUACCAACCUGGAGAAGCUCAGCAUGUCUGAAUAA